AUGCGCCAGACCAUCUUGUAUCCGCGUGGGGGCGGACAACCCAGCGAUACGGGCACUCUUGCUCUGGAGCACCACGAGCCGACGUUCACGGUGUCUCUAGUCCGAAAAUCACAGGAUGGACGAAUCCUGCACUUCGGCAAGCCUGUCAAUGCCGACGCCAUCUUCGUUGAAGGCCAACGUGUUAUUCAAAAUGUCGACGGUGAUCGCCGAGACUAUCAUUCUCGCCUGCAUACGGGAGGCCACAUCGUCGGGCUUGCGAUGGAGCUUCUCUUCCCCGAUAUGAAAAAGAUCAAGGCCAAUCAUGCCCCCGGAGAAGCCUGCAUGGAGUAUGAAGGCCUGCUAUAUAAUGAGCACAAGCCGUUGAUCCAGGCAAAGGUGGACGAGCUGGUAAAGCAGGACUUGCCCAUUCUCAUCUCAUGGGUAGAAGAUGGUUCCGAUCUAGAGGGUCGCGGCAAAAACCGCGAAGGCCCAAUUCGCGUCGCAAGUAUUGGUGGACUUGAUCAGAAUCCUUGCGGGGGUACCCAUGUCGACCGGACCAGCUUGGCUGGGCCUAUCACUAUUCGCAAAAUCGGUCGGCAAAAAGGGAUUAGCCGGGUCUCGUACGAAGUUCCUGAGAAGAUAUAG